AUGGUGUCGCAAGCGCUUCUCCUCUUACUAAGUACAGCUACAGCCCUCGCUAGCGAGCUUUCUUUCCCUCCACCUGCCACAUUUGCCAGCAAUGGCUAUGCGAACUGGGGUGCUGGGACCUGGCCGCCAGCCAGCGUCGGAGUGCCGCUCGUCCCGCAGACAACUGACCCAGAGAUUCUGUCACUAAUCUCUCAGAUUGACCCUGCCCGUAUCGAGCAUACGAUCACGACGCUCGUUAACUUCGGUACGCGGCACACAGCGUCGACGACGACAAGCCCAACUCGAGGUAUCGGUGCAGCCCGCAAUUGGCUACUGAAACAGAUGCAGGAGUAUGCUAAGCCCGCGAAUGGCCUGAUCAAAGUCUCAAUGCCAUGCUACUUCCAGCCCGCUGAGCCAGAAGAGGGACUUCCCAUUGGCGUCGACGUUUGCAACGUCCAGGCUGAGAUCAAAGGCGCCAUCGACCCCAACCGCACUAUCGUCUACACGGGUCAUUACGACUCGAGGAGGAUCAACGGCAGUGAUUAUGAGAACGAUGCUCCAGGAGCGGAUGACAAUGCGAGCGCCGUAUCGAUUGCUCUGGAGAUGGUGCGCAUUCUUGGCCUCUCGAUGGCCAAGAACAAACCGGCCUCGAGCAUCAUCAUCGCGGCCGUUGCUGGAGAAGAACAGGGCCUGUACGGAUCCACCUUCCUCGCAAAUACAUUAAAGAAUGCUUCGGUCAAUGUCGAGGCCUCAUUCAACAACGAUAUUGUCGGCACUGGCUCCAAUGCGCCUUUCAACAAGCUGAACCAGCACACAGUCCGCAUCUAUUCCGGCGGCACCGAUAUUCUGGAUCUCCCGGAAGCCACCAUCGACGAGAUCAUUUCCACCGGUUACCAGGAUGACACGCCGUCGCGCAACAUGGCCCGUUUCAUUCAAGAAGUCAACGCUGGUGCAGCACACACGACCGACAUGGAAGUGGCCAUCCUCUACAAAACCGACCGCUUCGACCGCGGCGGCGACCACGAGCCCUUCCUGGAGGUCGGCUUCCCCGCCGUGCGCUUCACGGAGUCGAACGAGAAUUUCUUUCACCAGCACCAGGACCCGCGCGAGGAAGACGGCGUUGUGUAUGGUGACAACAUUGAGUUUGUGGACUUUGACUACACAGCGCGCGUUGGUAAGGUCAACAUGCUUAGCAUGCUCAGUAUGGCCAAUGCCCCGGACCUUCCCAAGAACUUCACUUAUGUGCCAUUGUAUGGGUUUCUCGCAUCGGACGAGCAGGCGCCCGUCGCUUCACUCGAUAACGUCGUUAAGUUGAACUGGACCACUGAGCCGAGGGAUCCGUUGCUCGAUCACUUUGAGGUCGUCUGGCGCUCUAUGUCGAGCCAGCAGGUGAGUUUUGCAUUAAAAUGA